CUGAACCCCGUGCAAAGUUCAUGCUUUGUCAAUUUUAGACAGGAAGGGAGAUGCAGUCGCCCACCUCUUUGCAGGCAGUGGAUUUGCAAGGAGGGUGUGGAGAAGGAUGUGUCCCCAGUUCAUCCCCAGCUGCUGUGUAUCAAAGAACCCUGUGACGCACAGAUUGUUCCCAGGGGCUCACACUGAGACAGACCAAGUACUGCUGGAAGGUCGUCAACUUAGUGAAAAGCGUCCUUCGGCCUGCCUAAAACUUGGUCUUCCGGUGCAGCGAGAUGUCCGUAAACACAUGCUGUGUACUGUCCCCCAUGACUACUUGAUGCUGUGUAAACGUGCAGAGCUUUAUGUAACUCUCGGACAAUAUGAGAAAGCUCUUUGUGAUGGAGAUGUGGCAUGUGCACUUAAACCACUAAAGGCAACGGGACAUUUUUGGAAAGCUGAAGCUCUUGCUGGAAUGGGUAGAAUUGAAGAAGCUUUGAAGGAAUACUUAUACUGCCUUGCUGUGAGACCGGACUGGAAAGCUGUAAAACUAAAAGCACAAAAGAUCUUGUGUGAUAUGUUUGCACCUGUCGUGGAAAAUAUGGAAGACACUCUCCUAACCAACAUGCGAGUGCAGGCAACUUCUAUCAGACCCAAGCCUACUUUUCUCAGCACUUUUAGUUCUGCAUCAGUUGUCAAAGGUGGUACAGCUGCUGGGCCUUUUGAGUGUUUGAUCAAAGUGAACAAAAUUGCAGUCCAGGAACCAAAUGAUUCGAAUCAAACAUUAAAAGCAUCCAAGAUAACGCUUGGUGAAAACUUUCUGCCAGUUGACACAGCUUCAUCCUGGCCAGCUGAUGACAGUAAAAAGAGAAAGCUAUCAAGUGAGACAGAGUUCUGUGAACGCUUCAAAAGACCCAACAAAAUGGUUAAAAAAGAUGAACUUGCUCCGUUGACAUUUAAUAAUUUCAAAGCUUCAGGGGAGAUACCUGGGAAGCUUGUGGAUCCAUCUGAUUUUGAAUGUUCUCUUUGUAUGAGAUUAUUCUAUGAACCUAUCACCACUUCCUGUGGGCACACCUUCUGCUUAAGGUGUUUGGAACGCAGUCUGGAUCAUAAUUCCAGAUGCCCGCUUUGUAAAAAAAAUGUUGCUGAGUAUUUGGUAACCAGGGCUUUUGGCAAGGCGUUCCUGAUAGAAGAACUGAUUGUACGGUACCUGCCUGAAGAAUUGAAAGAGAGAAAGAAGUUUCAUGAAGAAGAAAUGAAAGAACUGUCCAAGUAUGUGAAAAUUAACAUUGAAAGUGUGUUACUUUAUAUGGGUUUAAAGCUAAAAUAUAAUUUCUAAGCACAUCUCUACAGAAGUGGUGCAGAGAUUCUGGGAAAUGUGCCUUUAUUUAUAUUAAAUCAUAAUUUACUGAGACAUCUGUGCAACUCAAAAGAAAGACAAGGCAACAGCAAUUGUGAACUUCCUAAAUGUUUGCUAUUUUUAAUAGUCGGUGCCACAUAAAAUUAUGCAGGCCAUCCCCAGAAUGGCAAUAAAGACCUCAAUCAAUCAUGAGCUUAACAGUAAGAUUUUUGUUAUUCAAUAUUAUUUUGCUGUGCUUUGAACUUCUAUUGAUAUCAAAAAAAAAAGUUUCGUUAAUAAUAAAACAUUGAUGUGGACUUGAAAGAAUCCUUGAGUGUAGUAUUUUUUGAGUAUGAGGAGCUUUAUUGAGGUCUUGAGUCUUGAUUAUUGCUUUUGGGCAUGCGUUUGCUUUUAUCUUUCCCUCCUGCUUAACUAAUAUCCUCAAUAGAAGGAAACCUGUUGGUUGUAGGUGCCUUCUCUCAAGUUCAGCAAACUGUGUUAAGAUAUGGCAGUGAUGCUGUAAAAUUGGAGGAAUGCCAUUGUUAUACCCCAGUUUAGAUGAGUAUGUCAAAUGUGCAAAAAGUAAUUAGGACCAGGAUUGCUUAUCAGUUGGAAGAACAUGAAUCAAUAAGUACAAUUAACAUGGAUCUAUUAAAAGCAAAUAAAUAGGUAAUCAAGUGGAAUAUGUGCCAUCAAUGACUGCCAUUUGUUGCUCAGUAAAGGACAGUGACAAUGUCAAAUAUAGUAGCAAAGUACAAGGAGCAAAAAUACUUAAUGGAUGUCUUGCUGUUUUUUCAAAUGGUACUAUAAAGGAGACUAGAGCUGUUGGUCCUUCAAAACACCUGAGCAACCUCAUUGACAAAUGUAAAAGAAAAUGAAUGCUGUCUGAUUUAUACUAAAUUGCAUGUUCCUAGUGCAGAAAUUACAAGCGGCCUGGCAGAGAGAUUUAAAAUGUACUUAGCCAUAGGUGAGGUGCCAGAAGACUGAAGGACAAUUAGUGUUGUUCUGUUGUGUGGGAAUGGCUCUAAGAAUAAGCCUGGAAAUUAUAGGUUGGUGAGCCUGACUUCAGUCAUGGGUAAAUUAUUGGAAGGUAUUCUAAGAGGCAGGAUAUAUAAGUUUUUGGAUAGACAGGACUUGAUUAGGGAUGGUUAACAUGGCUUUCUUCAUGGUGGGUCAUAUUUGACCAAUCUUAAAAGUUUUUUGAGGAGGUUACCAAGAAGGUUAAUGAAGGGAAGUCAGUGGUCUAGCAAGGGCUUUGUCAAAGUCUGUGGGAGACUGAUCAGAAGGUUCAGUCAGUUGGCUGAAGUAAUAAAUCUGAUUCAAUUUUGGCUUAGCAGGAGAAGCCGGAGAGUGGUAGUAGGUUGUUGACACUCUCUGAUUGAAGGCCUGUGACUAGUUGUGUGCUGCAGGGAUCAGUGUUAUGUCUAGUGUUCUUUAUCAUCAAACCAUCAAUAUAGAUGAUAAUGUGAUAAACUAGAUCAGCAAAUUUGCGGAUGACACCAAGAUUGGGGAUGCAGUGGAUGGUGAGGAGGGCUGUCAAAGCUUGCAAGCUGAUUUGGACCAGCUGGAAAAAUGGGCUAAUAAAUAACAGAUGGAAUUUAAUGCAGACAAAUAGGUGUUGUACUUCAAAAGAACCAACUAGGGUAAUACUUACACAGUGAGCAGUAAAGACACAGGUGUGGUGACACAGGUCCAUGAUUCAUUGAAAGUGUCAUCACAGGUAGAUAGGGUCAUAAAGAGAGCUUUUCCUACAUUGGCCUUCAUCAAUUAAGGUUUUGAAUACAGGCACUGGGAUGCUAUGUUAAAGUUCUAUAAGACAUUGGUAAGGCCGAAUUUGACUACUGUGUGUUGUUCUGGUCACCUAUCUACAGAAAAGAUAACAACAAACUUGAAAGAGUACAAAGAAAAUUUAUGUAAAAUUUGCUGGCACUUGAGGACCUCAGUAACAGGGAUAAGUUGAAUAGGUUCAGACUUUAUUCCUUUAAGUGCCAGGGAAUGAGGGGAAAUGUUAAAGAGAUAUAAAAUUAUGAGAGGGAUAGAUAGGUUGAACGCAUGCAGGCUUUUUCCCACUCAAGUUGUGUGAGACUAGAACUAGAGGUCAUGGGGUUAGGGUGAAGGGAGAAAUAUUUAAGGAAAAUCUGAGGGGGAGCUACUUCACUCAGAGAGUGCGACAAGUGUGGAACAAGCUAUUAGUGGAACUGGUAAAGGCAGGUUCAAUUAU